AUUAGGGGCGUGGUUGAUUGGGCUGGAGGUUCAACAUGUAGAUGAACGCUCCAUGUGUUGCGGUACUCCUCCAGAUUGUGUAUGGAAAGCAGAAGCAGGAAAUCUAUGUGUGGCAUCGUUCGACUGGUCGUGCAGCGGAAUUUGCAAGUCUGUGGAAAGAAUGAGACAGGUGCAUACUUCUUGUGGUGAAGGUGAAGCUGCCGUUUGGAAUGUUGAUCUUUGACCAACCGGUCACCUCUAGCUAGCUAUUUCAGUUCCACCAAUGAACGUCCAUAGUACUAUAACUGAUUCGCCUUUAUUUACUUUUAGCUACCUAGAUAGAUGA